AUGUAUUGGCGUGCUCUAGUUCUAGUUGAAAAGAACGAGACCACCUCGAACAGUGUUAUAAUGGUCUGUUCGCUUGCUGGUUUUUCGAUUCAAGCAUUAAGAAUUGUCGGAAUGAAAUCUUGGCGUAUUGCUGCAUCAAUCUCAGCUGCUGAAGAAUUUUUUGAUUUAUUUGAUCGAAAACCUGCUAUCGACAAUACAUCUGGUGAAGAACAAGAAUUGGUAAGAGAAUAUAGAAGACAACUUAUUUUGUUUUAAUCAUGUACAAGUCAUGGAUACAAUAUGAUUCGCGUAGGUUGACUUUCGUGGUGACAUCAAAUUUGAUCAAGUUAAAUUCA